AUAAUGGUAUAUUUUUCACGCAUGCGUAACACGUAAAAAUGCAUACAUUGCAGCAAAGCACCGACUUCCGCGAUAAGUUUUUUCCAAUGUUUAGUUAUUUCGACAAUUUACAAACAGAUUAAUGAUGGAUUUAGAAAAAGUAUAAAACAGCUGUGUUUCAAUACAACCCGAAAUGAAGUUUUUCAACGGAUCUAUGGCGCUUAAGAUCUGCGAAGCGCACGAUCUGAAGCCGACGGAUUGCUCUACUCGCCAUCAGAUAGCCAAAGGGGCCCAGUUGAUAGAUCCAUAUAUAUCGGUAGAUGUGGAUGACAAUGAAGUGGCGAGAACCACCACGAAAACGAAAACUCUGACUCCCGUGUGGAAUGAAAAUUUUACGACAGAAGUGCACAACGGACGUACAUUAGGACUAACCGUGUUCCAUGAUGCUGCUAUUCCCCCCGACGAUUUUGUUGCAAACUGUUCAAUUCCAUUCGAAGAAAUCAAGGAAAAAGCGAACGAUCUCUGGGUCGACUUGGAGCCAAAUGGACAGAUACACAUUGUGUUGGAACUACAGGGCUCAUCUUCUGAAGAGCCCCCAAAAGAGAGAGUUUUUAAGGAAAAAGAAGGUUUACUCAAUCGGCGACGUGGGGCAAUGCGUAGAAGAGUUCACCAAGUCAAUGGACACAAAUUCAUGGCCACACUUCUACGACAACCCACUUUCUGCUCACUUUGCCGGGAUUUUAUUUGGGGACUGUGGAAUCAAGGUUAUCAAUGUCAAGUGUGCACGUGUGUCGUCCACAAACGAUGUCACAAGAGUGUCGUCACGAAAUGCCCGGGCUCCAAAGACGAUGCCAGUCUAGAGCAGGUGCCCCGGGUGAAGAUCAAUGUUCCGCAUCGUUUCAGUGUACACAAUUAUAAGAGACCAACAUUCUGUGACCAUUGUGGGUCCCUACUGUAUGGUAUUGUGAAACAGGGGGAACAGUGUGGGGAUUGCAAAAUAAAUGUUCACAAAAGGUGUAAGAAAAAUGUUGCAAAUAAUUGUGGAAUAAAUUCAAAACAAUUGGCAAAGAUGAUAGAAGAAAUGGGACUCACACCAGGCAACACAAGGAAAAAGCCGUCGAUAAGUACAGAAUCUCCGAACAGAGAAAAUAAAGGCCGCUUGACUUCUCCUCUUCCUGAACUAGAAAAAAAGAAAAACGGGAACAAAAUUCCCUACAUGCGGAGUCACACCGUUGCUAAUGAAAAAGCUGUAGAAAUCUCAAAAGACAAAAAGAGAAAUGAUGGGAACGAUGAUUACCCCCCAAACAGUGACCCAAACAGGCUACCAGGUGAAAACAUGUGUCUGAGUCGUGGGCGGAGUCCCUCCCAGGAGAGGUCGGGCCACAAACGCAUGGACAAAUACGGUCUCCCAGAUUUUAUAUUUAUUAAAGUUCUGGGCAAAGGCAGUUUUGGAAAGGUGAUGUUAGCUGAAAAAAGGGGUACAGAUGAAGUAUUGGCAGUAAAAGUUCUUAAAAAGGAAACCAUUUUACAAGAUGAUGAUGUAGAAUGCACCAUGACAGAAAAGAGGAUCUUGGCUCUUUCUGCAAAGCAUCCCUUCCUCACAGCGCUCCAUUCAUGCUUCCAAACAAGGGACCGAUUAUUUUUUGUAAUGGAGUAUGUGAAUGGUGGUGAUUUAAUGUUCCAAAUUCAACGAGCUCGUAAGUUUGAUGAACCUAGGGCGAGGUUUUACGCUGCAGAGGUGACGCUGGCUCUUAUGUUCCUUCAUCGAAAUGGAAUUAUAUAUAGGGAUUUGAAAUUAGAUAACAUAUUAUUAGAUGCUGAAGGGCACUGUAAAAUAGCCGAUUUUGGUAUGUGCAAGGAAGGAAUGUUUGAGAACAGACUAACUCAAACAUUUUGUGGUACACCAGAUUACAUAGCACCUGAGAUCUUACAAGAGCUAGACUAUGAUGCAUCAGUUGACUGGUGGGCGUUAGGUGUUCUGAUGUAUGAAAUGAUGGCCGGACAGCCACCGUUUGAGGCAGAUAAUGAGGAGGAUCUAUUUGAGUCAAUCCUUCAUGACGACGUGUUGUAUCCAGUCUGGCUGAGUAAAGAAGCGGUGCAAAUCCUACGAGGGUUCAUGACAAAGAAUCCAGCCAAGAGGCUUGGCUGUGUGAAGGAGCAUGGCGGGGAAAAAGCAAUCCUAACUAACCCAUUUUUUCAUGAUAAAAUCGACUGGGAUUUGUUAGAAAAGAGACAAAUAAAACCUCCUUUUAAACCUAAAAUUAAAUCUAGAACAGAUGCCAACAACUUUGACAAAGACUUUACUUCCGAGGAACCAACACUAACCCCAGUAGACCCGUCUGUGGUGAAAACAAUCAACCAAGAAGAAUUCCAUGGAUUCUCAUUUAUAAAUCCUGACUAUGGAAAACUGUCCUAUUGUCCGACCUCGGAUAUUCAUUGACCCCUGCUAAUUCUAAAGAAAGAUUGUGAUGAUCCCCCUCCCCCCUUUUGCUCCCCACACAAAUCAAUAACAGGCAGAAAAAAGCACAGUCACAAGGAACAGUGGAUUGAUUUUAAGGAAAAGAAAGAGAGAAAGAAAAAUACUGGAGAGAAAUACACAAUUUUUUUUUAAAGCUACAAUAAUUUAUGUACAUGUACUAUGUAAAAUGACGAUAUUUUGGGUAGUUACAAUUGAACCAAUAUUUCCAUGUAUUCCAGCAGUUUGUUGUGGCGUAUCACCAGUUUAUUACCCCAUCAUCUUCUUCAUUCAAUACCUCGAUACUUUGUCUUUUUUGAAAAUUAUAAAAGGAAAAAAAAAGAAAAAAAACCAAAACCUAGCUAUGAUCCUGUACGAUGCUGAGGGUGUGUCUACACCAUGUAUACAUCAUUCAAUUUUUGUGCUUUUAUCCAAAAUGUACAAAUUGUUUCUUUUCUACGUGUAAGUCUGUUUUCUGGUCAUCCAGUGGAAGAGCGGUAACUUGCACAUUUUGAAUAUUGAGAGGACAGUUUCUAGAGCAAUGAAACAUGAAUAUACAUAUGAAUUGAUUGCUCUUUGCAAACAAUUGAGUCAAUAAAUUUAUCUACACCUUUUUGGAAAAUUUUAAUGAAGCCAAAUGUUUAAAUGUAUUCUAGUCAGAUUGCAUCCGGUGUAAAAGAAUUCAGUGAUGCUGCACCAGUACUGUUAUUUGUUAGUUUUGUUUGUACAUGUCUCGAUUCUGGUGAUAAAGUGGAAAGUUUGAAAUCAAAUAGCUAUUUUACUGUUGAUAAGGAACAGUAAGUCUCCGGAACUCUGCAAUGUUGUGUUAUUAAGGUAAUGUCUAACGUAAUCUCAUGUACACGGUACAUUGAAUCGUGGAACCUGUCAUCCAAUCUGUCUGCUACUGAUCUCAUGAUUUCUCGAGUAAUAUAUUUCCAUUAAACAAAUGCUCUUAGGAGGACAGAAUGUCAUUCAAUUUGUAAGAAGGCACUGCAUUUAAAUUCAAAACUUUUUACUCUCGUAAUCUUGUAAAGAAAGCGUGUGUGGUACUCCGUAUUCCUGUGAAUAGUAAGUUAAUUCUAUUUAAGUACAGGUAAAUAGGUGAGGUACAGACAGGUACCACACAAAACUACCGUGGUUUUGAAGAAAAGAACUUUCAUUCGUCAAUCCUUUGACCAUUUCUCAACAUCAUGAAUUUGAUACACAUAAUAUGAGUGACACCCAAACUUUUUAUUGCAUGUAAUAGGUGAUGCAAUUUAUAAAUUUUAAAAAAUCUCCAAGUAUCAACUUUUUUUUGAGACAGAGAUUAAUAUGUAUUGAUGUAUUGUCGUUGCACAGAGGAUAUUGCAUACCUUUCCCCCAUAUUCCAUGCCCUUAUCAACCCACGACCACAAUUGUAUCAAUUGUAUUGUUAAGGCCAGAGGUCCUAAGACUGAGUCUGGUCUGGAGUUGAUGUAGGGUGGUAAUAUGGAAGAGGUUAUGUUCCGUUUAUUACAUGCUUAGUAAUAAAAUUAACCACCACCCCCCACCUUCCAGAGAUGUGGAAUUUAAUUUCGAUUUUCUGAUACUUUAUUUAAGAAAUGUUGUAACCCGUGAACUGUUACUUGUGGGCUGUUAACCAAAGCAUGUUACACUACAGUAUCUGUACGGUGUCACAUGAUAACCAUGUGAUACAAUAUCUUUUUUAUAUUGGGCAUAAUAUAGUUAUUCAGACAUUGCUCGUAUUAUAUAUGUUAGAAAUCUUUAUAACUAAGUAUGUAAUAAAAUGCAAUAACAACCAUCAGCUGUGUUACUAAGAUCAGACGGAUUGGAGUGAAUUUUGCUGUGAAUGAGGGGGUUAACAAUUAAAAUUAGUUCAUUUCUAUGCCUUUACAUCAUAAAAAAUCUAAGGUGGAUCCUGUUCUUUCUAAAGCUGUUUUAACAGUACAAUGCAUUGUUUUUCUGAUCAUGUUUUUCACCCUUUAUGGGCUUUUGGAAUUGAAAUAUUUGGCAGAUAUGCACCUAUUUUUUUAAUUUAAUUUUUUUUUUAUUUAAUUUUUUUUUGUUUGCAAUAAUAGAUUUCAUUUUGAAAUGGUUAGUGAUCAAUAUUCAUCACAGUUCUUGGACAUAAUGCUGAGCAUGAUACUGAGAAAACGCAAUAGAAAACGGGCCACAGUAUUUUUAGGAAGGCUGGAGGGUUGAAUGACCUAGUUUAUGAUGGUGGAUCAGAACUUCUAAAGGAAAUGUGAAACAUUUGGUGCUUCACAUAGACCUCCUGUAUUGACGUGAUAUCUGUAUUGUAGUUGUCAAUUUUAAGGAGCUUUGUGAAUUACAAGUGCAAUAUUGUUCUAUACUAAGUUUAUUUGUAUAAAAGUAAUACAUAUUCAAGGAAAAGCCUUUAAAAUUUUAUCAAUAGCAGUUAUGAUAUUGUAAUGCCCAAUAAGAUUUUUUUUUAUUCAUUGUUAUGAGCUAUUGGGUAGAUGUUAUUUAUAUGUAAGUUUAUAAUUUGUACCUGAGCUGUAAGGAUGAGUGUUGAUGAGACUCCAAGUCUUUGCUUCAUGGGGUAUGAGUAUAUUACUGCAGCUCUUUCAAUUUAUUGUUUUUUUUUCCAGUUGAAUUUUACUUCUGUUAAUCAAUGUUGCACUUCACAAGAAUUUGCAACAUUGUUUGUAAAAGGACAAUCUGCAUUGCCAGACGUAAUAUUGAAUAAGCAUUAAAGGUUUUUUUGUUCAUGUUAGAAGCAAGAAAAUAUUUAGUUGUAGGUAUUCUAUUCUAAUGUUAAUGUGCUACUAAAAUAUGCAAAUGAAGGAAAUUAACACCAAUGUGUGAUUUUCUUGGCCAUGUGAUAAAAUUUUAAUCCUGCAUAGGAAAUCUGGGAAAACCCACAGUUUGCAUUGAUAGGGAUAUUAAGGUGUCCUUUCUUUAAUAUAUUUCUUAUGAAAUCACUUGGAUUUUUUUUUAAUUUUCAGUGGUUUACUGAUAUUUGGGCAAAUGCCUAGCGGUUGAUAACCUGAAUUUUAUGGGAUGUUAUUUUUUUAAUGGAAUUUGCAUUUUUAAUAUACUGUAACAGCUGUUGGACUGUAAGGCGGUAAAAAAACAUGUCAUUUAUUAGAAUUACCCAGAUCAGUAUUGUGUGUAAUAUGAAUUUCAUGUAAUUUUCUAGUGACUUGCAAGUAAUUUUCUAGUGACUUUCAAGUUGAUGCGGACGAUCUGAACUAUAUGUAUAAAUUCUCUAGUACUCUGUGAAUGCUUGUUUUUGUUUGGAUUUUUAAAUUCCAUAUCAUUAUAAGGAAGAGUCUGUACUGUGGCACAUGUCUCAUUAACUCCAUUGUUCAUUUUACCAUAGAGUUCAGCAACCUCUAACAAAGGUUUUAAGUUGUAUAAUAAAUGUAAUAAAUCUGAA